GAUAUUAUUGCGUAUCUACUUCGAUAGCGCAUGUUUACAGUACAGUAGUUGGUGUGUUUGAGUAGAAGGAAAGUUCUGUAUUUAAGUUAAAAGUGCAAUGAGUACACAAGUGUGUGUGAUGUUCAGUGGACCUGCACUGUCCUUUUUAAUUUACGAGAAUACAAAUAGCAUAUGUGACCAGGAAGGAUUUCUUGUUGGUGAAAUAAUUAAUCAUGUAAGGAACACUAUCAGCGACGCGCAGAUAAGCAAUCAGCAAAUGGAAACACUUAUUAGUGUUAAUUGUCUUGUGCCACUUCCCUCCACUGUACCAUUCUACAACAGCAUUGGUAAAAUCAAUAAACAGAAGCUGAAAUUAUUUAUUGGUGAAAUGGAAGGAGAUAUUGUUGGAUGGUACACUUUUCGUCGAAAUGCUGCUUUAGUUCCACAUUUGCGGGACAAGUUGCUACAUAAACAGCUACAGACAAUGUUACCUAAUUUGUCAUCAGAACUUUUUAUGAUGGGUAUUCUGAAUACAGUUGUCUCAAAUUCAGGAUCCACUCACACCUUCAAUCACAAAUUUGUGAGGUAUCGUAACAGAAAUUAUGAGGCAUUACCUGUACAGCUACUCAACUUGGGUGAAACUCAUUCAGAAUAUACUACUGUUCCUGUGACUGCUGGUUUAUCCGAAUCAUUUGGAAAGCUCAUCAGGACUGUUGAGAUCUCGGACAAGGAAUGUGAUGUUUUCGUAAUGUGUCGCAUACAAAAAUCACUCCAAGAACACCUUAAGAAAAUUUCUAGUGCAUUAAAGGAAUCUGAGAAUCGAGCAUCUCAGUUGGAGAUGGAAGUUGAAUCACUGCGAAUCAGCAAUGAUGAUCUCUCCAAUGAACUGCUACUACCUCAGCUCUUGCAAGAUGGAGGCUGUAAGACUGACCAGCUUGUUCCUCUGCAAGUGCCAAUAACACCAGUGCUUUUAAAGAAUGAUAAAGUUGACUUAAUAGCUGAUGAAGACACCAGUUCAAAGAAAAGGCAAAAUAAAUCAAGUCAAGGGGCCAUGGAAGACCCUUUUUCGUAUGUCACUGAAAUGAAAUUGGAAAUGACACCACAACAGACUCCAUCUGGCAGUGGAGGUGCACGUGUAAGUGAAAGAGGCCGUGGAAGAGGUCGCGGAACUACAGUUAGGGAAUCACAAAAGAGACAAACGCAAUCAAGGAGUGAAAUUAGUGACAAACAAGAAGUAAGCCCAAGUCUACGGAGGCGUGGCCCCUCACCUUCGCUCACAACUACUCCUUCAGGUCGUACUAUGUCAGUGCCUACAAAACAACGCAGUUAUGCAACUGUUGCAAGAAAAAUUGCUGAUAACAAUGAAAGUGUUGCAAAAUCCCCAGCUGUUUCUACAAAUGGUUCGCCUUCUGAAUCAAACACUCAGGAGCAAUAAUAUUGAAAUAUAGGUACAGGCUUGCAACAAGCGUGUGUGCAUCUGUGUGUAUUUGUGAAAACAGUGAUAUAAACGAACGAUUAUCAUGUGUAAGUUACCAUUCAAAAGUUCGGUGCACUUUAGAAACAUAAAUUUACACAAACUUAAAGAAGUGCUACCAGAAAGUGUACUGAUCAGUCGUUUUUAUAUGGAGCAUUAUAAUUUUGAUGUGAUUAAAAGAGUUUAACUCA